ACGAAACACAAAAAUCAGAAAAAUAAAAAUAAAAAUGACACAAUUGGUAGCCUGACGCUCUGGCAUUCAUCAGAACCCAUUCUCAAUUCUUAAUCAAAUAAUAAAACAACCGCGCCAAUCUUUCACUUCAUUACUUUGUAAUCCUUUCUUUUGUAUUUUUCUUUUUUGGGUUUUCUUUUUUUUCUCCCAACGAAAAACACACGCCACUCGCCAUUCUCCUCCAAACAAAAGCCGUACAAAUAAUUGAACAUACACUUCUAUAAAUAGAGUUGGCUUGUCAGAAUCAUUAUUAGAAUCUAAUUUCUCUGUUUUGCCCCCUAUACAUGACGAUUCUUGUGCUGUUCGUUUGUUAAUUUCUGUUAGCUUUGAUGAUUUUUCUUUGGGAGAUGGUUGUGAUACAAGGAGCUAAGCCUUUGAUUUCUGGUUACUUAUCGGAAUUUGAAUCUGGGCCGUCGCGAUGGUCCUGGAAACGAGGGUUUUUGAAAUCCUCCUUCGGUGAUAAUGCCGUUAAUAAUUUGAGGCUCUGUUGUGGCUGUGAUUUAAAGAGGUUGAGAUCUUCGCCGUUAGUCAAGGCAAUGGACGAGUCUGCUAUUUCUUCCGGGAAAGAUCUCCAAAUGAUGUCUUGCAAUGGAAAUAUUGUGUGGCAUAAAAGUCCAGUUGAAAAAUGUAAUAGGCAGGAGUUACUUCAGCAGCAGGGUUGUGUGAUUUGGAUCACUGGUCUCAGUGGCUCAGGGAAAAGCACUUUGGCAUGUGCUCUCAGUCAAGGUUUGCACUCAAAAGGAAAGUUGACCUACAUCCUUGAUGGUGACAACGUCCGGCAUGGUCUAAACCGUGACCUUGGGUUUAAAGCAGAAGAUCGGGCAGAAAAUAUCCGAAGAGUUGGGGAGGUAGCAAAGCUUUUUGCUGAUGCUGGUGUCAUUUGCAUUGCUUGUUUAAUAUCUCCUUACCGGAAGGACCGAGAUGCUUGUCGUGCAUUAUUACCUGAUGGAGAUUUCAUUGAGGUGUUCAUGGAUGUGCCACUCCAAGUGUGUGAGACAAGGGACCCAAAGGGCCUAUACAAGCUUGCUCGAGCUGGAAAGAUCAAAGAGUUGUUAGUUCCCAGUUUCAGUAAACAUGGUCUAUUGCAAUUGGAUUUUGCAGGCUUUACUGGGAUUGAUGAUCCAUAUGAGCCGCCACUAAAUUGUGAGAUAGUACUAGAACAGAAGGGCGAUUAUUGUGCUUCUCCAUGUGAUAUGGCUGAAACAGUUAUAAGUUACUUGGAAGAGAAAGGGUACCUGCGGGCCUAAUAUGCAAGAACCAAAAAAGGCCCUUUUUUGCUUCUUUGUGAAAGUCUUAAGUUCCUGCUUGCUGAAGCUUAUACUCACUGCAACAUAAAAUGCUGUAAAUUUGGGAAUUAAUUUGUUUCCAUGCAGCCAGGAAACUUCUCGUUUCCUGCAUCAAGGAAAUUUCUCGUUUCCUGCAACCAGUGGUAUGUCCUUUCUAGAAUAGUAUGGGUUUGGUGUAUAGCUUGUAUGGUGUAGCAAUUUGUUUUUAUAAUUGGAAUAAAGUUGUCCAACGCAUGCACUGAAUGCUUACAUUCAAGCAGGCUCGUAGAGCUUGUAAAUUUGUGCAACUACUGCAGAUGCCUGGAUUCUCUUCAUUUUACUUUGAAGGUCUUUAUACUUUGUAGUACUUUUGUGUGUAGGAGAGGGAAAUGUUGUUAUGAACAAUUGUUAAUACAUUCGUCUAAUUAUUAUAUCCCCCUUCCCAAUAGUAUUGAAUCUUGUUAACAUUGAAAUUUGUCAAAUACAAUUAUUUUCUCUCUUAUUGAUAA